UAAUAAUAAAAUUUUAAUAUUCGAUGAUCUCCAUAAUCUUAUUCAAUUUAAGUAAUCUUAUUCAAUCACAUUAACAUGCCUCUCAAAUUAAUGUUGGUAAAAGUAUCAAUUUACAAUCAUGAACGAACGACAAUGACAAUACUCGUGCCCAUGAAGAAGAGACCCAAAUCACAGCAGAAACAACCAAGAACCACUCCAAGAACACUUCAAAGAGCUCAUAUCCCAAGAAGAAUUUUCAAAAUAAAUUCACAAAGUGUACCGACCUCACACAAUGAGCUCUAUCAGUCGAACAUAGAAUUUGCAUUCCAACGAAAGCUCUAACGAUCAAUUCACCGAUGAAAAGUUCAGCAAUAUAUUGCUGACCAAGAUGCUGCAGUUGGAAGAAAUCCAACCGAACAACCUACACCAAAAACUCAAAGAUCAUCCCUCCACUAGGAAUCCAAAACCACUCAAGGUUGACCUCUCAUGAGAAUCUAAAUCUUUAGCUCAUCAUUUAGCAUCAAUUUGUUUACAUGAAACUGAUGUAAAAAAGAACUCAAAGGUCCAACUCCAAUGGGCAAACCCCAAAAAUAACCUCACACACAUGCUACAGUCCAUCCUUCUUCUACUAUUCAUUAAGACCUCCAACAACAGCCGAAUAUACCAAAUCAACCCAUUACCAGGCCCAAAUACUAAAUCUGAAAGUUAAAAUCUCCAGCAACAGUCUAAUAUACCAAAUUGAACCAUAAUAAGGCCCAAACACCAAAUCCAAUAGUACUAAAACCAUGAACCUACACAUAACUACAAACUCGACAUAAAUUACAUCAUCUCCAUCUCCCAAACGCUAAACCAUUGUCGCUAUGGGUUUUUCUCCACGCCAACAAUGCCUCAUCCAAUCGGCAACCUAAUCUCUUUGUCUCUGGCAUUGCCUCCAUCCAGGCUCGGCUUGGCAGUAUCUUGAGAAUUUCCCUUCUCUCUAUUUCUUUGUCCCUUCUCUCUAUUUCUUUGCAAUUUUUGAACCCUUUUCAUAUUAGGGUAAUUUUGAGAUUCAUUUAUCUAUGCUUGCUUUGAAACUAGACCAAGUGAUUGAAGGCAUCAGAAGUGCAUAGUAGAUUCAAGGGAAUGGCGCCAAGAGAGCCGUUGCUGCGGUAAAUUAGUUGAAGAGCUUAGCAGCUUCGAUAGAGAUAUCGCCUUUACCGACACCGACCGUGCCGACAUCUUCAUCUGCUUGUUAUGUUAUUUUAUCUAUAUCAGUCUAUUGAUCGCAGAGUAAUUUAGGGCUUUAGGGUUUAAAGAAAAUGCGCCAUUGGAGAACUAAAGAGUACUCUUUCUCUUCUCUCCGUCUAUUUCAAUUUUGAUAAAUGGGAGUGAAAGAGGACGAUUUUGCUUUUCUGAACGAUUUACAAUAAUGGAGGUUGAAAGUCUCAAUAUGUUGAAACGUGAACAAGAAAAAGAAACCAUUAACUCAAUUCGACGAAGACCAAGCGGAAGGAGCAAAACCUCAUCUUGCUGUGAGAAAACCGAACCAAGAAAACGAGAAAAAAUUCUAAGAAAGAGGCUCUAAUACCAUGUCAAGUAUGAUAUUCAAUAAGACUUGAUGCCUCACAAUGUGAAAUGUUCUCAUUGUAUAGAACCAAAUCAUAACUAAAUAUGGUAAAAAUAAUCUAUCUAUUUGUCAUAAUCUUCGACUAUUUCCAUAAUCUUAUUCAAUCUCCACAAUCUUCAAUCUCAUUAACACUUUGAGACUAGUUUACUUAGGAUCAUGUUACAUAUUUCCCGCACCAUUACUUCUACAACUUAAGUUCUUCUAGAAGUCUUUGUACUAGUGAAUUAUAGUUCCUAUUUGGUGCAAAUUAAAAUAAAGAUUUUAAUUUAAGUCAAAGUCAAUAACUAAUUUUAACUGCACCUUUAUGGGAUCCACAACUUUACAACCAUACAUUUCAACAAUUUUUAUCAAAAUCUACUAAAAAACUAAUUUUAAUCCCCACCAAACGUGGGCAUAAUUUAUUUAUCAAUAUGGGAUCAACUUACAAUGUCUCAUUACUAUUUCAUUUUAAUCCCCACCAAACGUGGGCAUAAUUUAUUUAUCAAUAUGGGGUCAACUUACAAUGUCUCAUUAUUAUUUCAUUGCAGUUCAUUGCUUCUUUCUAUCAACACAUCGUGGUUCAGAGAUGAGUAUCUCUUUCUCUCUCUCUCUCUAGUGUGCAUGAGCCUACAUGCAUUCCCAUCUACGGUGAAAAGUCCACUUGAAGAAAAUGAAAUGGUUGGAAUCACUAAUUACAUUGACUUUGGCUUUGAGUUACAGACAAGUAUUGACGAUGAAAAGUCAUUAAAUAAUAUUCAAGAGUCCACUUUUCAAGUGGCUGCAUCUUGGCAAGCCAAUAAAAACUUCUUACUGAAGGGAAAUUCAUCAAUAGCUUUAGCAUUUAAAUCAUGGUGGAAACCUUCUUUCAUUUUCAGCAUGUCAGAGAUCGGACAAAACGAGGGACAUCAUUUGGAUUUGGUGUUCGUGUCGAUAACAUUAGGGAAGUAAGUUAUCAAAGGACAGACCCAAAUUUCGUUAUGUUGACCCCAAACAAGGAGCAUCUAGCUGAGGGCAUAUGCUGGAAAAUUAAGAAAAGACGAGUGCUCCCAUUUGAUGUAAAUUCUGGAAAUUUUGAUGGCAUGCCCAGGGAAUUGAGACCCUUGGCCAAAAUUUUGAAACCUUUUGGCAAUUUUGCUUUUGUUUGAUGGAAAAAUGAUCUACUAAGUAUCGAUGCUUAACUUAUAUUAAAAUCGGUGACAUUGAACAUCAAUUCAUCCUUAAAAUUCAAAUUUAAUUUAAA